CUUAAACAUUGCAAUUGGCAAUAAUAUUAUUAUGAUAUGUGUGAUUUAUAAUUAAUAAUUUAUAUUUUUUUAUCUUAUCAUUAUCUUAUCACAAGUUGCUUACUGAGUUUUGUGUUAAAUAGGUACGUGAUUCAAGAAGUGAUAUAGGCUCGUGAGUCGUGGUUAAAUCUUAUAAUAAUAUGAUCCUAUGUCCGCCGCCAACGAUCAGUCGAAGCCGGGAAUUACAAAAUAUGUUACAUUAUUAAUUAUUGUUAGUUGUUACAACUAUUUUUUUGAGUUACCACCGGCUAAAUUGUAAUUUGUUAUAUGCAUUGUUUAAUGCUAGGUAACUGACUAAAACUAAUAAAGAUACCUUGGUAAUUGGUUUGUAGGACUACAAGGUUAUUGAUUGCUCAAAACGUAAGACGAUACAUUAAUACUGCUGUGUUAUUAUGCAAUCCGAUAAUGAUUCAACAGACACACAGGAUUGUGAAGAAAUUGUUGAGGAAACCUUGAUUCAUGUAGUUGUGGACAAUGCUGAUGAAAUGUCCAAUUUGAACGCAAACAGCAAUGUUCGAGUGAUAGCUGUGGACUCUGAUUCUCCAGCAUUACAAAUCGAAAACAAGAUUUUUCAUUUUAAUGAAUGGAGAUAUAUAACUGGGACAGCUUUGUUUUUUGAGCGGAAGAAUGAAGUAAAAAAAAUUGAUCCUCUCUAUGAUAAUAGAUGUGGAACUAUUUUACAAUAUGUUGGUUCUACUCGCAAAUGUUUAGAAAUGACAAAAAAGGAAAAUACACAAUAAUCUUAUUAUUUUUCCAUAGUUAGAAUAUUGAAUUCAAUAUUUUAAACUUAAACACCUGUAAUAUAAUUUAUAUACAUAAUACUAUAUAAGGCAAUGAUUGGGAGAAACCAGAUGUAUUACAUAUUAUGUUAACACUUACCUGUACAUUUCUUAUGUCAUCACAAUAUACAAUUUGUACUUUUUUAGUUUUAA